UCCCUUGGUGUUUUUGGUUUCAGACUCACCUCCAUCCAACAAUGGUUGACUGUGGUCCAUCCUGUGCUGUCCCAUCCUGGGCUUCCACCCCCACUGUUGGGUUUGGCUCAGCAGGAAGUCUUGGCUAUGGUGGUCUUGGCUGCGGUUUUGGAGGACUCGGCUCUGGAUUUGGAGGUCUCGGCUCCGGUUUUGGAGGACUCGGCUCUGGAUUUGGAGGUCUCGGCUCCGGUUUUGGAGGACUCGGCUCUGGAUUUGGAGGUCUCGGCUCCGGUUUUGGAGGACUUGGCUCUGGAUUUGGAGGUGCUGAAAGAGCAGCCAACCUUGGCAUCCUAGAUGGGAUUAUCCCUAAACCCAUCAACCAGAUCCCACCAGCAGAGGUCGUGAUCCAGCCACCUGCCUCUGUCCUGACCAUCCCAGGGCCCAUCCUCUCUGCCAGCUGUGAGCCUGUGGCUGUUGGAGGCAACACUCCAUGUGCCGUUGGUGGCUCUGGGCUGGUAGGAGGCUUUGGUGGCUUCGGGGGUGGCCUUCUUGGAAGCUCUGGGGGCUUGGGCUAUGGUUUGGGCUACAGGAAAAGGGCAUUUCUUGGAAAGAAAUUUGGGCGUCGUGGUAGCAUCUGUUUGUAG